UUGUGACUUACGUCAGUCUUGUGAUAGUUAGAUACUCACUCAACUUAUUUUAUACAUUUAUACAGUUCGUCGCGAUAGACACGGGGAAAAGACAUUAAAAUAGUGUUUUCUUGCAUUUUAUACUUAUAAUCAUGUUUCCAUUACUCUACAUUACGUUGUUUACUGUGUUUGCAACGCAAGUUAGUGCUCAAAAUAGAGUAGCCGUGGCCCACCUCAUGACUGGAAAUAUUAACGGUUCUGUAUUGUUUACCGAAACGGCCCAAGGCUUACAUGUAACUGGUUCGAUAACUGGACUACCCGAAGGCCGCUAUGGAUUUCAUGUUCACGCACUUGGGGACGUGAGCACCUGCAAUGCAGCCGGUCCCCAUUUCAACCCAGACGGCGACAGACAUGGGGGAAGAGACCACAGCGUGAGACAUGUUGGAGAUCUCGGAAAUGUUGUAUUCGUAGGAAAUGAAAAUGCAGUUGCUACUCUUGAUUUUGUGGAUAACAUUAUUACACUACGCGGCCGCAAUAAUAUUUUGGGGCGAACUUUAGUGCUCCACGAGCAAGAAGACGAUCUAGGACUUGGAAAUCAUGAACUUUCCCACAUCAGUGGGAAUGCGGGUCCACGAGCUGCCUGCGGUGUGAUCGGUAUUGUAUCACCCUCUGAACCUUGGAACUCAGCAGGGACUAUUACAACACCCAGGUUGUCACUAUUUGCGUUAUCUUUAAUAUUUGUUUACGUAAGAUUGUAAGAUAUUUAGUAUACGUGUUAAAAACCAAAA